CAGGCUCACGAGCAGCUCCAGAACUUUGACGGCUCCGAGGAGCACAAGGCCUCUCUCAGCCACGAGCUCAUUGCCGGUGCCGCUUCCUUCGAGGCCAUGAAGGCUUACGAGCGCCACUGCGAGGCCAACGGCCAGCCCCAGAGCCACGCCCAGGCUAAGGAGCUCCUUGCCGGUUUCGCUGGUGCUUUCAUUGACCGCGAGUUCGAGUCCAAGGGUCUGGACUUCCUCGACCGCGAGAAGGCCAAGCGCCAGGCUGAGCGCCAGCUGGCUGAGGCCUCCGCCCGCGACUUCUAA